UUCACAUCCAUCGCCUUAAACUUGCAGACUCUCUCUCUUUCGCUCUCUCUCUUACUUUCUCUCUCUCGUGUCGCUCAAUCUCAGCUACAGCUUUGGUCUGAUUCGACGAUCGGACGGCAACCAAUCCCCGACCCAUGACUCUGAUGACUCCUCCACCGCUUGAUCAGCAGCAACAGCAGGAGGACGAUGAGAUGCUGGUCCCACACACCGACUUUCCCCAUGGUCCACAGCCAAUGGAAGUAGCUCAAGCAGAAACGGCAAAUCCUGUGGAUGCUCAGCCAGUGGAGGAUCCACCAUCAGCGAGGUUCACAUGGACAAUUGAGAACUUUUCAAGGCUUAAUACCAAGAAGCUUUAUUCUGAUGUUUUCUUUGUUGGAGGCUACAAAUGGAGGAUACUCAUCUUCCCGAAAGGAAACAAUGUAGAUCAUUUGUCUAUGUAUCUAGAUGUUGCAGAUUCGCCAACCUUGCCUUAUGGGUGGAGUAGAUAUGCCCAAUUCAGCUUGUCUGUUGUCAAUCAAAUUCAUAGUAAAUUCUCGGUUAGAAAAGAAACACAGCACCAGUUUAAUGCACGUGAGAGUGAUUGGGGCUUCACUUCUUUCAUGCCCCUUGGAGAAUUGUAUGAUCCUUGUAGAGGUUAUCUUGUGAACGAUACAUGCAUAGUUGAAGCUGAUGUUGCUGUACGUAGGGUUAUUGAUUACUGGUCACAUGACUCAAAGAAAGAAACUGGUUAUGUUGGACUUAAGAACCAAGGAGCGACAUGCUAUAUGAACUCACUCCUCCAAACCUUGUACCAUAUUCCUUACUUUAGAAAGGCUGUCUAUCAUAUGCCAACGACUGAGAAUGAUAAUCCAUCAGGGAGUAUCCCUCUGGCUUUGCAGAGUUUGUUUUACAAGCUUCAGUACAGUGAUACCAGUGUGGCAACAAAAGAGUUGACAAAAUCUUUUGGAUGGGAUACAUACGAUUCAUUCAUGCAGCAUGAUGUUCAAGAACUCAAUAGGGUUCUUUGUGAAAAACUUGAAGACAAGAUGAAGGGAACUGUUGUGGAGGGUACAAUACAGCAGUUAUUUGAAGGGCAUCAUAUGAACUAUAUUGAAUGCAUCAAUGUGGACUAUAAAUCAACUAGAAAAGAGUCAUUUUAUGAUCUUCAGCUUGAUGUCAAGGGCUGUCGGGAUGUUUAUGCUUCUUUUGACAAGUAUGUGGAAGUGGAACGCCUAGAAGGUGAUAAUAAAUAUCACGCUGAACAAUAUGGUUUACAGGAUGCUAGGAAAGGUGUUCUCUUCAUUGAUUUUCCACCUGUGCUUCAGCUUCAAUUAAAGCGCUUUGAAUAUGAUUUUGUACGGGAUACUAUGGUGAAGAUAAAUGACCGCUAUGAGUUCCCUUUGCAACUUGAUCUUGAUAGGGAGAAUGGGAAAUAUCUUUCACCUGAUGCUGACAGAAGUGUCCGCAACCUGUACACGCUUCAUAGUGUCUUGGUGCACAGUGGUGGGGUACAUGGUGGGCACUACUAUGCUUAUAUCAGGCCAACUCUAUCUGACCAGUGGUUUAAAUUUGAUGAUGAACGAGUAACAAAAGAAGAUAUUAAGAGGGCAUUAGAGGAGCAGUAUGGUGGUGAGGAAGAGUUGCCACAGACAAAUCCUGGAUUCAACAAUGCUCCAUUCAAGUUUACAAAAUAUUCAAAUGCAUAUAUGCUUGUUUAUAUACGUGAAAGUGACAAGGAGAAAAUAAUUUGCAAUGUUGAUGAGAAGGACAUUGCAGAACACCUUAGGAUAAGGUUGAAGAAAGAACAAGAAGAAAAGGAGCAAAAGAGAAAGGAAAAAGCUGAGGCACACCUUUACACUAUCAUUAAGGUUGCACGUAAUGAGGACCUACUUGAACAGAUAGGAAGGGAUAUAUAUUUUGAUCUGGUGGAUCAUGACAAAGUUCGAAGUUUUCGUAUCCAGAAACAGAUGCCUUUUAACUUAUUUAAGGAAGAGGUUGCCAAAGAGUUCGGCGUACCAGUGCAAUUUCAACGUUUCUGGUUGUGGGCAAAGCGCCAGAACCAUACAUACCGUCCAAAUCGGCCACUGACACCUUUGGAGGAAGCACAAUCGGUUGGACAGCUGAGAGAAGUUUCCAAUAAGGCAAAUAAUGCAGAGCUAAAGCUGUUUUUGGAAGUAGAACUUGGCUUGGAUUCACGGCCUGUUGCACCUCCUGACAAGACUAAAGAGGAUAUUCUUCUGUUCUUUAAACUCUAUGAUCCUUUGAAAGAGGAACUGCGGUAUGUAGGAAGGCUGUUUGUGAAGGGAAGUGGGAAGCCUGCGGAGAUAUUGACCAAGUUAAAUGAAAUGGCUGGCUUCAAUUCUGAUGAUGAAAUUGAACUUUUUGAGGAAAUAAAGUUUGAGCCUAAUGUUAUGUGCGAACACAUAGACAAGAAGGUCACUUUCCGUGCUAGUCAGCUUGAAGAUGGGGACAUCAUUUGCUUUCAGAAAACUCAAGUUGGAAGUACUGAACAAUGCCGCUAUCCGGAUGUUCCUUCAUUCUUAGAAUAUGUUCGCAACCGUCAGGUUGUUCGCUUCCGAUCAUUGGAGAAACCAAAGGAAGAUGAGUUCUGUCUUGAGUUGUCAAAGCUUCACACUUAUGAUGAUGUUGUGGAAAGAGUUGCUCAGCAUCUUGGGCUGGAUGAUCCUUCAAAAAUCAGGCUCACUUCUCAUAAUUGUUAUUCCCAGCAACCCAAACCACAACCUGUCAAGUACCGAGGUGUGGAACAUUUGUCUGACAUGCUGGUGCACUACAAUCAGACUUCGGAUAUUCUCUACUAUGAAAUAUUGGACAUUCCUCUCCCAGAACUGCAAGGCUUGAAAACUUUAAAAGUUGCUUUUCAUCAUGCUACCAAGGAUGAAGUAGUGAUUCAUACAAUUAGAUUGCCUAAACAGAGCACUGUUGGGGAUGUGAUCAAUGACCUCAAGACAAAGGUGGAGUUGUCUCAUCCAAAUGCAGAGAUCAGAUUGCUUGAAGUUUUCUAUCACAAGAUCUACAAGAUUUUUCCUCCGACUGAAAAAAUUGAGAAUAUAAAUGAUCAAUACUGGACAUUACGUGCAGAAGAGAUCCCUGAAGAGGAGAAAAACUUUGGUCCUCAUGAUCGUUUGAUUCAUGUUUAUCAUUUUAUGAAGGACACAGCGCAGAAUCAGCAGGUUCAAAAUUUUGGUGAACCAUUUUUCUUGGUAAUUCGUGAGGAUGAGACUUUAGCUGAAGUUAAAGUAAGAAUACAGAAAAAACUACAAGUUCCUGACGAGGAGUUUACAAAGUGGAAGUUUGCAUUUUUGUCACUUGGUCGUCCAGAAUACCUUCAGGACAAUGACAUUGUAGCCAGUCGAUUUCAGAGAAGGGACGUCUAUGGUGCUUGGGAACAGUAUCUUGGAUUGGAGCACACCGACAAUGCACCUAAGAGGUCAUAUACAGCUAAUCAGAAUCGCCACACAUUUGAGAAGCCAGUAAAAAUCUACAAUUAGAGUGAAAAGGAAAAAUGAAAUCAGAUGACACCAGUUCAUUUCACGGAGUCGAUUCUAUUUAUGUGCGGUUUUGUGAAAAGAGUCCAAGAGGCAGAAAAAGGAAGCUUGCUGAGUUUGGCCAUUGAAAGUACUGAUCCUACUGGGUGUAAUUACUUCGUCAUAGAGGGGUGAUGGAUUCAAAUAUUAGUCUAAAAUUGUGUAUCCUUGAUAGUUCAGACUUUUCUUUCCCCCCCAACCAUCGUGCACCCAUUAUUGAGGUGACGUAGAUUGCAUCUCCCAUUUAAUUCCUUUGUAAUUUAGUACAUAAGAUUUUGAAUUAGGGAUGUAUAGAGGGUAUAGGUAUUUGUUUCAAUGUUGCUUCCUUCUUUAUCUGGUUUCUCCGUUCUUGUCUUUGUUAUAAGAAUUAGGGCAUGGAGGGCUGUGUAUAAUGUUUUAACCGGGCCUUCCUGGUUGUUUGUAAGUUUUAUUUUCAUCUUCUCUGUGGGAGGGAUGGUGUUUCACGAUUUUGCCAAAAAGAAAUCAGCCAUAUGAUCUGCCGUUUCA